CUGUGUACAAAUUGAUUUUUUUAAAAAGAGCUUGCACACCAGGCUGGCUGAAGGAAUAAGCAGCGUUCUGGAUCAACAUAAAUACUUUAGCAAAAAUCAGAGAGCAGGGGAAGAGGAAACAGAAGCAGGAUUAAGCACUGAGAAAUCUGGAGAGACUUUUUAACAGCUGGAUGAGUUGCCUGUGGUGUCCAAGAAGCCAAGUAGCUGAGCAUCUCCGGCGUAAGAUUAAAUGACAAGUCAAGGGAACAGCGUUGCCCUGGAAAUGCAAGUGCUAUGCCUUUAAGACCAUCUUGCGGGUGAAUUGCAUUUCUCAGUCACUCUGCACGUGGCAGAAUAGUCUCUCUCUCUCUUUUCUGGACGGGGAAAGAAAUCACGUUGAAUUUCUCUUUCUGGGUCAUGCCUUUGGCACCUUCUUUAUUCCUCUCUGUUUCAAUAAGACAAAGCUACUUCAGUUUGGAGCACAAACAUAUGAUCAGCCCAUGGAAAUAUGGUAAUCUGGAUGGAUUCAUGAUUGCAACUCUCUGAAGAAGUUAGACCAAAAGUAUUUUUCAAGAAGAAGAAGAUAAAACAACAGCAGUCAGAGAGAUUAAGCGCAAUUUGGAACACGCGGAUGCUAAACAAAUCUUGUAGUAAUGGAGAGGGACCGGAUUACAGCUCUGAAAAGAUCUUUUGAGGUUGAAGAGGUAGAUCAGCCACCAAAUUCUUCCACUCCUCAAAGACGGACACCCAAUACUCUUGUUCGAUCUACAGUAUCCAGCUCCACACAGAAAUUCCAAGAUCUUAGUGCCAGUCCUUCCAGACAUGUGGAUCCUUCUGCACAAAGAUCUCCCAUGUCCUCUCUGAAAAGAGUUGAUAUCUCUGGGCCAAAACAUCCUGAAACAGUGUCCAGAAGAACAGAGAUCUCCAUUGACAUCUCAUCUAAGCAAGUGGAGAAUUCCACAGCAGGAGCCGCAAGAUUUGGCAUGAAGAGGGCAGAUGUCUUGGGGCACAAGCCUCCAGAGACCGCUCCCAGAAGGACUGAGAUCAGUAUAGGCAAGCCUCAGGACCAAGCUCUCCGCAGAAUGGAGGUUCCCACAAAGAUCCCAGAGCCAACACAGCGUAGAGUUGAAGCCACUAGUCCACCUAUGCCUGAUGUUGCCACCAAACGUGUGGAAAUCCAGGUAACAAAAUCAUCAGAGGCCCCAGUACCACCUGCCAGGCAAAUUGAAAAUGCAGAGCAUUUCCCAACCAACCAGCACCUGCCACCAGAUCCAAGACUACAGCUAGGGGGAGUGGCAGAGGGUCUACCCAAAAGCCAAGAAGGUCCAGAGGCCAUUUCCAGCUACCCAAGCAGCAUGAUGGAUACCACUCGAGAUGCUAGCCUCAAGCAAGCUGCCCCAACACGGCCGGAGAAACCAGCUGCUGAAUUCUCCUAUGUUGGGAUUGAUGCCAUCCUUGAGCAGAUGCGGAGGAAAGCCAUGAAGCAAGGAUUUGAGUUCAACAUCAUGGUAGUUGGUCAGAGUGGCUUGGGAAAAUCCACACUAAUCAACACUCUCUUCAAAUCCAAAAUCAGCCGUAAAUCUGUACAGCCGAGUACUGAAGAGCGAAUCCCCAAAACAAUUGAAAUCAAAUCCAUCACACACGAUAUUGAGGAAAAGGGCGUGCGCAUGAAGCUCACUGUCAUUGACACCCCCGGAUUUGGAGACCACAUCAACAAUGAGAACUGUUGGCAACCCAUUAUGAAGUUCAUCAAUGACCAGUAUGAAAAGUACCUGCAGGAAGAGCUCAAUAUUGACCGGAAGAAGCGGAUACCAGACAGCAGAGUCCAUUGCUGUAUAUACUUCAUUCCUGCCACUGGCCACUCCCUUCGGCCACUGGACAUUGAAUUCAUGAGGCGCCUGAGCAAAGUAGUCAACAUUGUGCCUGUCAUCGCCAAAGCAGACACGUUAACACUGGAGGAAAGAGACUACUUCAAACAACGGAUCACAGCAGAUCUCCUUGCCAAUGGCAUUGAUGUGUAUCCACAAAAACAGUUUGAUGAAGAUUCUGAAGACCGACAAAUAAAUGAAAAAUUUAGAGAAAUGAUUCCAUUUGCUGUGGUGGGCAGUGACCAGGAAUAUCAGAUUAAUGGAAGACGAAUUCUGGGAAGGAAAACAAAGUGGGGAACAAUAGAAGUUGAAAACACGACGCAUUGUGAGUUUGCUUACUUGCGGGAUCUUCUGAUAAGGACACACAUGCAAAACAUCAAGGAUAUUACCAGCAGCAUCCACUUUGAAGCUUACCGAGUCAAACGUUUGAAUGAAAGCAAGAACAUGCUCUCCAAUGGUGUGGCUGACAAGGAGGAGUUGGUGGCCAAUGAAAUGUAACACUCCUUGCUCGAGCUUGGAUCCAUGUUUUUCUCUUCCUACCCUUCCCAUCUUUCUCUCUUCUUAACAACAAAACAGAAACCAUAUAGCCCUUUCGUUGCAUCAUCUCUCCUCUACUGAAACCUACCUUGUUGACCAAAUAAUCAAAUACUUUCCAUAGGAAAUGUAGCACUUUGCCCUUAACCUAUACUCAUUGGGACAAAGUGACCAUGUUGUCCAUUAGACUAUUAUAUGAGACCAAUAGGAAAGAGAAAAUGCUGAGGACAGUCUCAGGAGAAGCUUUCUUUAAUUUGGUGUCUAAUGUUAGUUGUGGAAAUGUUAGCUUAGAUUUUCCAUUGUAAUGAGCCAACCAUUGUUUUUUGGAACUCUGCAGACAAAACUGGUUAUCAUGGCCUCUGUUUUAGGCUGUUGAGGCUGAAAUAAUGAACUUGGUUAGAAAGUAGAAGGUUACCUUCUCCCCCUUUGGCAGAUUAGGAACUGAACUAUACUUUCAUGGGAUACUUGCCCUAGUAUGCCUGGUGAGGCUGCUUGAAAAGUCCAUCAUCCUUUCCAUGUGUUUUGCCAUGGUGUCAGGCUAGUUCAGCACAGGGCAUAGCUGCACUCAAGAGAAUGCCAUGCAUUCCUCACCCGUCCAUGCAGCAUCCCAUCUUUGCCUGCCUAAUUUCCCAUUGGAGUAAGGCAGAAUCAUAUCAACGCGAUCCUGGAAGGGCAAUAAGAGAUAAGACUACCCUCUUCAUUUAUCCAGGCCUGACAUGGCCCAUGAAGAUGACAGACAACAUGUGCCACAGUAACUUCUCCCUGCAAUCUGUGGAAGUGGGGGAGAUUGAGAAGUCUAGUUUGUUUCUGCCUUCUUCAUUUCAGUGGUCCAGGAUUAUGGGGUGGCCUCCACCAAACCACUUGAUCUAACUAUAGUGCCAAAGGUUUACUUUACAGUAGGCCCGGGGUAGGGAGGUGGUUGUUUUCUGUUUUUCAGUUUGUGCACUUACUCUCUGUCUUUGUGCAUCAAAACUCCAGCCAUUUCAGGUGAAGAAUUUUAUGACCCAAUAGGAUCUUAACAUGAGUAACAGAGGGAUGGAUGAUAAGUGUAUGGCACAAUUCCACUGAGUACUGUGUACCUCUUAUUUCUGCAUGUCUAAUUUCUGUGCUCUUUCUUUUUAAAAGCCAGCAAUAAUAGGGAGCUGCCUUUCUCAUUAGAAAAGAGGAGGAUGCCUAGUAUGGAAGAUGUAUGGCAACUUCUCAUAAGGCCAAGAUGCUGUUGCCCAAUGCAGACCUUCUUAAAGACUAUCCCCUUCUUUUCCUUUUCCUACAGGUCUGAAAUCCCCAAUUCUGUUGCCUUCUUAGAGCUGUGUAUGUUUGUUGUAUGUACACUUGAGCCAGACCUUUGUUCAGAUAUCAUACUGUAUGCUUGCUCAGAACAGCAAAGUCAAUGGAGAAAACAUUUGUAUUCUUUUUCAAAUCACCAUAUCCAUCUCCUUUCUAAGGCUCAUGAAGUAUGGAGUAUCUCUGUUUACAAUUGGUGUGUAACCCUUCUAACUGUGGCUAAAAAAACUGUGUGCAUACAUAGAUAUGCCAGUACAUGUUGUUUGGUUCUGUGUGAAAAGCCAUAUUCCAUAUGAAAAGCUGGAUUCGGGAUUUUGCACGCAUCCUGAAAUAGCACUUUGGGUCAGAGUUAUGGAUUUAAGAACAUGAGUUGACAUAGCACACUUGUAGAUGUGAUCUUAGUCCCUAUGCAUAUGUUGAGAGUACAUGAGAACUGUUUGGCUGUGCUAACUGGCUCUAAUAUUUACAAAUUGUAUGCUACCAUUUAAAAUGGGUUACUCCAAGGGUUCUUUUCCCAUGGAUAUUCUCCAGCCAGUCUUAAUGCAAUGGUAGGAAAACCGUAUUCUAAAUGAGAGGUGAUUUCUGUCCUUUCCUUCUGAAGAUGCCAUUUCUCCCGCCUCCCACACAACACUAGAGGAAUUUGCUGAACCUUGCCUUGCUUCAGUAGAACAGAAACCUUUGAUUGAGCAUGGGAUCUAAGCAGGAAGGCCCAUAAGGUCUUGUUUUCUCUGCUGUUAAGUCACCAGCUUCAGAAAACGGUUACUCUUCCAUGUCAUAAGCUCGUAGGUUCUCAGACCCUUUUUGAAAACAGGAAAGCUCUGACCAUGCUGCCCUCUUGUGGAUUCCUCAAAAACAAAACAUAAGGAAAAGGGGAAUGCUGGUUCCUGGCUUUUCACCAAAGGCAAAUCUUACAUUUCCACCUUCUUUAUAUAGGUACUAGUGUGGCCCUCUCUCAGUAGGCAAAUGAAGAUGUUCCGCACCUUUACCCUUGAGAAAAGGAUGCCUGCCAAAGGCCACUUCCUCUUGCAGGUGAGCAGAGCUUUGAAAAGUUACUUUUUUAAAGUACACAAUUCCCUGAAUCCCCAAUGAGCAUCAUACCACUGGCCAUGAUAUUGUGAAACAUGGUCCAAAAAAGUAACUUUUCCAAGCUCUGGCAUCCAUAACACAAGCAUGCAAAGUGAUUUCCACCUCAGAUUUCCUUUGAUUACAUUUGCUGCUUCCAUAAUUGCCCAUGAGAAAGGUGCUUUUCUUUCCUUAAUCCAAGCUGUCAGGGAUUUUUGGUUUUGUUUCCUUUCCCCAUGAUGAAUAUUUCUCCAAAUGCUUUUUUCUCAGAGGCUUUCAUACAUUGUUUGUUGCAAGUAAAUCUAAACUCCUUUUUAACUUCUGUGUUUUUUCUCCCAAACUAAAAAAUAAAAAAUAAAAUGGAGGAAUCUUUACUGAGCUGUGUUAAGCUGAGGAAAAUUAUUUUUUUUACUUGCUGACAUGCUAUAUUUUAGCAAAAUAAAAAUUGUGUAUUAACUAAAUAUAUAUAUAUUUCCAUUGUUUAAGACUAUGAAAUGGGUAACUGAAAUAGAGAAUGUCUUUUCCCCCUCUUAAGUGCAUUUCAGCAAAAAAAAAUGCAUUGUAUCAAUAUUUCAUCUGGAGAAAAUGAGGGGAAAAUGACUUUCUCUUUUUAUAUUGUACUUUGCAGGGAGAGGGAAGAGUUGUUACUGAAUAAACCAAAAAAAAAUCAUCCAAAACUAUAGGAAUGGCCUUUUUGAGGAUUGUAUGCAUUAUGGCAAAUUUAGUCCUGUUUUGUAUAAAUAAUAGUGUUUAAUAUGUAUUUCCCAAAAAUAAAUGUUUCAAAUGGAAAA